CUGAUCUCCAGAUCAGCUGCCCCGUGCCGCCAGCCUCCAAUCCAAUCAAGCACGGCAAAUAUGUGGCUCCCCCUCGCCGUGGUUGGUUUCUUGGUUUGUUCACUUCUUCUCUCGCUUGCCCCGCCGACUCACUCGUCUCCUGUGGCCGCGCUGUCCUGUGUUGUGUGAGGGGGAGGGUGUCUGUCAGGGAGGCUUCCCGACGGAUCCAGAUUAGUAGCCAGCCGCAGCGCAAGUCCACCGCCGGCGCCUCCCUUGACUCCGAGAUUCUUGCGAGGAACUGGAAGAGAUCUGCCCAUUCAUGUAUCAUACUAUAAUCGGCGGAGGAAGACGCAUCACAUAAACGAGGUGGAAGGAAGCUCGGAGAAGGCGAGCGGCCAAGGGGAGUGGAGGUUCUUGGCUUCUUCGUCAUCCGCUCCUUUUCCUCUUCGUGUCCGGAAAGCGCCUCCGCCGGCGUGUCUGAAACUCCGGGUUGGUCUUCCCGGGCGCGAUCCUUGCAACUAAUCAAUCGCCGUGGUAGACCAAUUCAACAUUCCAGUCGUCAGCCAUGGCCGUGGACACCACUGAACCAGAGUACUGGCUUAACUGGAGGUUUUUGCUAUGCGCGCUCUGGGUGUACUCCUGCAUGGCUUUGGCAUGUUUCUUGAUCUGGAAGUACGAGGGGCCCAGUUCACGGAACAGCAAUGGCGAUGGCGGCGGAGACAGAGAGGAGGCGCCAUCCCGGGCCGGACCUGGAGUUGUGUAUCUUGAAGAUUGCUGGAAGGUGUGCCUUGAGGAGAUCCACCCUGGCUGGUUGCUGGCAUUUCGCCUUGUGGCCUUCUUCAUUUUGGCUUCGAUUCUUUUGGUAGACAUCAUCACUGAUGGAUGGAGUAUCUUCCUAUACUACACACAGUGGACGUUCUUGCUUGUCACCUUGUAUUUUGGGCUUGGCUCUCUGCUUUCAAUUUAUGGAUGCUAUCAGUAUGCUUACAAGAUCAGCGGAGAUGGAUCUGAUCUGAUAGGAUCUGGUGCAGAUCGUGGCUCAUAUAUCAUUGCUCCAACAGUGGAAAGUGCAUGUGACCAUGUAAUCAAAAGUCCUUGUUACAGUAAAACACAUGGAGGAAAAGAAAUUGCAGGAUUUUGGGGUUACCUCUUCCAAAUUAUGUUUCAGACAAAUGCAGGUGCUGUGUUGAUUACGGAUCUGGUGUUCUGGCUUAUUUUGUACCCUUUCCUUGCCCACAAUGAAUAUGAUAUGAAUUUUAUUCUGAUUGGCACACAUUCAAUUAAUGUUGUCUUCCUAGUUGGUGAUGCUGCUCUAAACAAAUUGCAUUUCCCGUGGUUUAGGAUAGCAUAUUUCCUGCUGUGGACAGGCCUUUUUGUUAACGUUCAGUGGAUCAUCCAUGCUAAUGUGUCAAUUUGGUGGCCUUACCCAUUUCUAGACCUGACAUUCCCCGCAGCACCUGUAUGGUACCUGGUAGUGGCAUUGCUGCACUUCCCGUGCUAUGCUCUCUUCACCCUGGUCCUGAGGCUGAAGCAUUCUGUGUUGGAAAGUUGGUUCCCUCAAACUUAUGUUAACUAACCAAAGAUAACUAUAGCAGUAGCUGGCUGUUCCUAUACAACCUCCUGGCUCCUGCGAAAUCAAGCAGAUAUUCUGCUCACUCUCUCUCUACACCUCGACAUCACAUUUUUCACAAGUAGAUUACACCUGUCGCUUGACAGGUUUCCCUCAAAGUGGACAUGUAAAUUGGCAGAGCAUGUUCCAAAAAUUUUGAGACCAACAGCUUAUUCAAACCAGCUGUUGCCUCUAGCAUCAUACCCAUUUCCCCCAAUGAAGAUGUGUGUACAGUCCAUCAUAUACUUACAGUUUUUCUUCAACAGCUUCCAUGACUCGUGUACUUCUUGCA